AUGCUUUCUUCCAUUCCCGUUACCGUACCUUUGUUCCCUGGUCAAGGGUCUUCAGCUGGUGCCCUAGCCUUGGCUCUUCAGCAGGCCCUCCGUGACAUCCGUUCACCAUCUGGCCAUUUACUUUUGGCUGCAUGCCACGAGACUUUUCUUGCAGAGCUAUCGAAGCUAUCAGAAGAUGAGCUCAUCGAAACCAACAUUUCCCUCGCCGAUUUCGAGGAUGCUACCUCCCUUCUAUCAUCUUUGCCUCUUUACAAGAACAAUCCCAUCAUUUGGAGCAUCUCCCUCUUCCUCGUUCAAGCUCUGAGGUACCUUGCCCAUUUCUCAAGCGCACCCAACCACAGUCUUGGCGUGUCUGGCUUCUCCUCAGGAAUCAUCACCGCAUGCGUGGUGGGAGCUUCAACCAGUGUCAUCACCUUCAUGUCAAAUUCAGUAGAGGCAUUUCGCCUAGCAUUUUGGAUCGGCAUGCGAUCUAUGCAAUAUAGAACCAAAGAGCUUCAAUCUGCCUUGGGCUUUCCUGACACAGGACUCCCUUGGAGUGUCGUUUGUGUCGGCUUGAGUAGAGACGAUGUCUUGGGCUUCAUCUCCGAUUUCGAAUCCAAGAUGCACAGCACGUCACCGUUUCGGGUCGUCCUGAUAUCCUAUCGCGUUUCUCGUCCUCAAUUUCAAUUUCCAAGUCCUGCUACAAUUCAUCCAACAACUGUAGAUGCUUUAUAUCACGCACGCACCCUCCACAAUGUCCGCGACCAAGUCUUGGCUGAUAUCGGAACAUAUUCAAUCCGCUUUCCCGAUUUUUCCAACCUUAGAUUUCCCGUGUUUUCGACCGUCUCUGGGAAGCAUUUGUUGCCGAGUUCUCAGCACUCCACUCUUGUUGACGCAGUCCUUGACAUGAUAAUCAUGUCUCCUGUAGACUGGGUGUCUGUGGCACAGGGGCUUGGUAGUUCGGUACCGGCCGAUGCUCCCACGCAAGUAUUAAACUUCGGCCCUAGCUCUGGUCUUCUCCGAAUACUGGAGAAAUCACUCUCAUCAAACAAGAAUGUUACUUGUACGGAUGUGGCCGUUAGCGCUUCCAGUAUCCCUGAUACUCCGAAGGAGAAUGAUUUCAAACAAGAGCCGAUAGCAAUCAUCGGGAUGGCACUUCGCUUGCCUGGUGGUGCAAGAACCGCGGACGAGCUCUGGGAACUUCUUGAGCAAGGAAUCAAUACCAUUUCUGAGAUCCCAUCAGACCGUUUCCAAUUAGAGCGCUACACAUCUGCCGACGCUAAAAGCGGCCGUGGAAUGAAGGCUCAUACCGCAAAUUUCAUAGAUUGUGUUGACGAGUUCGACUACAAAUUCUUCAAGGUAUCGCCAAGGGAAGCAAAGAGCAUGGAUCCACAGCAAAGAGUUCUUCUGCACACUGCUCAUGACGCCCUUGAGAACGCUGGUUAUGUUCCAGAUGCUACCCCGUCUUUCCAGCGUGAUAGCUUUGGUUGUUUCAUCGGUACCGCAACCCAUGAUUAUGCAGACAAUUUACGGGAGAAUAUCGAUGUGCAUUACAGCACAGGAACCCUGAAAGCUUUCCUUAGUGGGCGCAUAUCGUACGCAAUGCAACUUGGCGGUCCUUCCAUGACUAUCGAUACUGCUUGUUCAUCGUCAAUUGUCGCAAUCCAUACAGCCUGUCGUUCACUUGUUAAUGGGGAUUGCAAGGCUGCAAUUGCAGGUGGAGUCAACACUAUGUCGAGUCCGGAUAUGUUCAUUGGCCUGGAUCAUGGUCAUUUCCUCAGCCCGACCGGCCAGUGCAAAUCUUUCGAUGCAUCGGCUGACGGCUACUCUCGAUCAGAAGGAUGCUCUCUCUUCGUUCUCAAACGUCUAUCAGAUGCAGUUGCAGAGAACGACGAUAUUCUCGGUGUCAUCCGUGGUAUUGAUCUCAAUCAGAGUGGGCUGGCGCAUUCAAUCACCCACCCCCACGUACCUUCCCAGGUUUCUCUGAUGAACAGGCUCCUAAAGAACUCCGGAAUCGAUGCAUCACGCGUCAGUGUCGUAGAAGCGCAUGGUACUGGCACCCAGGCUGGAGACUUUGCCGAGCUCCAGAGUAUCCGUGCCGUUCUUUGCCGUGCUCGCGAUAGCGAAAACCCCCUUCAUGUCACUUCGAUUAAAGCCAACAUCGGUCACUUGGAAGCUGCUUCUGGUGCUGCUGGACUCGCCAAACUUUUACUCAUGUUCCAACAUGAAACAAUUCCUGCUCAAAUCUCCCUUAAGAUAAUCAACCCACGUAUCACACCGCUAGCCCAGGAUAAUACUGUCAUCGACACGGUUCCCACGCCGUGGGUACGCGGAUCGUCGCCUCGCAUGGCGCUGCUCAACAACUUUGGAGCAUCAGGUUCAAAUGGGGCACUCAUAGUGGAGGAGUAUCCAAAGGAAGAGAAAGCUCCAGCUAGUGGCACAUCCUACGUCUUUGGUAUCUCUGCCAAAUCUCGCGAGGUUCUCGAAACUCUCCGCUCCAGCUACUACCGGUGGCUCCACGACGGCAGAAAUAAGUCAGUUCCCAUUAGCGACAUCGCGUAUACUGCCACGGCAAGAAGACAGCUGUACCCUUUCAGAAUUUCAGUUGACGUAGGGAGCAAGGCACAGCUUGUCCAGGCUCUUGCAAGCGCUGAGGUAUCUCAUGCCGAGGGAACUUUCGGUCAAGUUGUCUUUGUCUUCUCUGGACAAGGCAGCUAUUACCGUGGCAUGGGGAAACUCCUCUAUUCGUCCUCUCCGGUCUUCCAGCGCUGCAUUGACAGAUGUCACCGAUACCUCGUGUCCAAAGGCUUUGCAGGUAUCCUUCCAAGCAUUGUUGGAGAACCCGCAGAUAGUGGAUCGGAUGAGAUGGAAGAGUUUGAAGCGUCUCAAACUUCAACGAUGGCGCUAGAAGUCGCGUUGGCAACAUUAUGGAUACAUUGGGGUUUGACGCCUGCCACAGUCGUUGGGCACAGUCUCGGUGAAUACGCUGCUCUAGUCAUCGCUGAGGUGCUCUCGCUCGAGGCAGCCUUGUUUUUGGUCGCAUCACGUGCUCGUCUCACAUGGCGUGGUUGUGUGCCGGGUUCAACAGGCAUGUUGGCUGUCAGGCUCGGGGAGCAACAAAUCAAUACCGUUUUGAAAUCUGGGUCAUACUCGGAUCUCUCUGUCGCUUGCGUCAACAGUGAUCGUGCAUGUGUCGUUUCUGGCCCACUGUCUCAGCUGCACGCUCUGACCGAGGAGUUGGCAUCUACGGGAGGCAAGGCCCGUCUCCUUGACGUUCCCUAUGGAUAUCACAGCAAAGCAAUGGACUCGGUUCUGGAUGAUCUUACCCAGCUAGCACGCACUAUACCCUUGUCUUCUCCAAAGGUGGCCGUUGGUUCUACCGUCCUUGGAAGACUUGUUCCCGCAGGAGACACUUCGACCUUCGACGCAACCUAUUUCUCUUCGCAUUUCCGUCAGCCUGUUCUUUUUGCCCCCACCAUCGACACCCUGUGUAAGAACCCCUCGCUGUCACAGAUAGAUGCUUGGAUCGAGAUGGGACCCCAAGCGUCAUGCUUGUUGAUGAUACGGGCCUGUGCGUCUGCUCCCAGCGCAGCAGCGGUAUUGCCUUCAUUGAGCAAAAAUGAUAACGCCACUCUUGCCUCCAGCCUAUCCCAGCUCUACAGAACCAAUGCUCCUGUGAACUGGCGCAACGUCUUUUCGGAGCUGUCCCCAGCGACCUGCGCUGAUCUGCCACCAUAUCCACUCGAGAGGAACAAAGUUUGGGUACCAUACAAAGAACCUUCCUAUGAAUCUUCAUCACCUCAAACCGUGGCACCAGCACGAAGCACAGCGCCGUCACAAACCAUCGCACCAUCAAAAACCACGGCACCAGCACCAACACGAAGCGCGGCACCAGCACGAAGCACGGAACCAGCACGAAGCACAGCGCCAUCACAAAGCAUUGCAAAAGCCGAUAUGAUAUCUAACUAUACCAUGCUGGGGUGGUGGGUGCAGUACCCAUCGCGCGGGAACGGCAACUCGGCCAGUUUCGAUACUCCCAUCGAAGUUUUAGCUCCGUUUAUUGAAGGACACAAGGUUGCAGGGAACUACCUAUGCCCAGCGUCAAUCUACCUUGAACAAGUUCUUUCGGGCGCAGAUCUUUCACGGCGUCAUCUGAACCUCGAUUUCGGGAAGAAUGUAGCUGUCAUCCGAGGAGUCAAUUUUGAGAAACCACUUGUUUACCAUCCCCAAGUCAAUCGGGUCGUCCGCACGCAUAUCACCAUUAAAGAAGACGGUACUGGUCUCUUCAAUAUAACAUCCAGACUGCAAUCUUCUUCGGAUGAAUCGGUUCACGUCCGCGGAGAAAUACGCUUCCAAUCCUCCAAGGAGACUGCUGCUAAUCUUGACGGUGAAUUCAGCCUCAUUCCCGCGCUUGGCGCUUCAGAGAUCGGUUCGCGGAAGGAAGGUCAAGCAGAGGUCUAUACCACUCGAACGCUAUAUGAAGUUGUCUUCCCUCGUGUUGUUGAAUACUCCGCCAAGUAUCACACGAUCCAGUCUCUGACUGCCAGCCCGAAUGGACUGGAUGGUGUAGCGCAGAUCAAGCUUCCAGAUGCCCCACGACUCCCUUUCGCCUCCAAUCCCAUUUUCGCCGACACCCUCCUCCAUACCGCUGGAUUCCUAGCAAAUACGCAAGGCGAUAUCGGUGACGCUUAUAUCUGCAGCGAGGUCGGAUCAUUCCAGAUGCUCCCCGAGUUCAUUGAUCAAGAUCAAAAAUACACUGUUCAUGUUCGCGGGUCGUGGACGUCCUUUGAACAAGCCGUUCUCACCGAGGCUUUUGCUGUCCAAGAACAAGCGCCUCAUCGUGUUGUUGCGCAUAUGAAAGGCAUUCAAUUCAAGCGCGUCCGCAUGAAGGGUCUUGCUCGCGCGUUGGCAAAUGCAGCAGACUCCCCCCCUGCGCAGACACGCGACCGAACCAAUUCAACCAGUAACUCCAGCAGGCCAUCUUCACCGGAAACCCUAGUGUCUGAGGAUGACGCACGCAUCCGCAUCAAAGAUGUCAUUGCGCAGGUGCUCGGCCUUCCGACUACCGAUAUACAAGAUCACUCCGACUUCAAAUCGCUCGGCCUUGACUCCCUCAGUUCAUUAGAAGCUCUCCACGCGCUCAAAACCGAUCUCAAAGUUGACCUUCCUCACGACGCGUUCGAAUCUUAUUCCACAAUUGCAGCAUUGAGCGCUUUCCUCGAGAAGUCCCACCCCUCUGAGAAGUCCGUGGAAAGAACCUCCGACAAGUCCUUGGAAAGAUCACAACCGCCGCCAGCUAGAUCCGCUGAGUCGACAGAAACGGUAUCUGAUAGUGACAUCCGCAUCCGCAUCAGAGGUAUCAUUGCGGAAGUACUUGGCCUUCCGCUUUCUGAUGUAGAGGAUGACUCCGACUUCAAAGCGCUCGGCCUUGACUCCCUCAGUUCAUUAGAGGCUCUCCAUGCGCUCAAAGCCGACCUCAAUAUCGACCUCCCUCACGACGCAUUCGAAUCUCAUGCCACAAUUGCAUCAUUGAGCUCUUUUUUUGAUAAAUCUUCCUCCCCCAAGAAGUCCUCGGAAAGGGCUCCCCAGAAGCCACCACAACCACCGCCAGCUAGAUCCGUUAAGUCGGCAGACACAGUAUCUGAUGGUGACAGAAGCAUCCGCAUCAGAGGUAUCAUUGCGGAAGUACUUGGCCUUCCGAUCUCUGAUGUAGAGGAUGACUCCGACUUCAAGUCGCUCGGCCUUGACUCUCUCAGUUCAUUAGAGGUUCUACAUUCGCUGAAAGCCGACCUCAAUAUCGACCUCCCUCACGACGCAUUCGAAUCUCAUUCCACAAUCGCAUCCUUGAGUGCUUUUUUUGAUAAGCCUUCCUCCCCCAAGAAGUCCUCAGGAAGAUCCUCGGCGAGAACAUUACAGCCCGCAUCGUUUGAUACUCCAAGGACGAAGCCGCUGUCCCGCUACUUCUUAUUCACGACGGCAGCUGGCUUAAUAAACCAUUAUAGUCGUAUGACGCCGUUACAACGUGACGUCUUUGCUCUCUCGAAUCCCUGUCUGAUUACCGGUGGAAAAUGGGAGAGUGUUGAGCAGAUAGCAGAAUCCUACGCCAAAGCCGUUUUGGGUGCGAAAACAGAUCGGAUCAUCAUUGGCGGGUGGUCAUUUGGUGGCGUGGUAGCCUUCGAAACCGCCAAGAGGCUUGCUCAGAAUGGCGUCCGUGUCCAUGGCAUCGUUCUCAUCGACUCUCCUUGUCCUGGCAAACACGUGCCCCUUUCAUCAUCAGUCAUAGACCACGUCACGAGGGCACACUCCGGAGGAAUUGAUUCAGGGACCAUAAGUCUUGUCGCGGAACAAUUUAAAGAAAGCUCGCGACUCCUUUCUGUCUACGAUCCAUCUCGUCAAGGAAAGCUUGAAGUUCCGAUAGUUCUCCUUCGCUCGUCUGAGGGGUAUGCUCCUCCGGGUUUGGACGUUCCCAAAUGGUUGCAAUAUCGUGGAAGUGAAAGUGCCGUCGUUGGCGAAUGGGAAGCCCUCACACAGUCCCCUGUAAAAACUUGGUCAAUUCCAGGUGACCAUUUCUCACCUUUCAAUCCCGAAAACAUUGGACAAACAUCUCAGCAGCUCAAGGAUGCGUGUCAGUUCGUGGAAAGGCUAUAAAGGAUACCAUGUGCUUUUGAUUUCAUUUGCUCCAUACCACUUUAGAUUUUGUUUGUGUAUAGAUCUCUUUUCUUUUUCUGGAUCACGACCCUUUUGCUUGCAUCUCACAUUUUCCUUGGUCAUUUUGCAUCUCUGUAUCUAUAUAGCCAGUUGACUGUCACGCGACUGUUCUGUCAAUAAAUCAA